AUGAAACUUUAUAACUCCAUGGGGCCAAACCCACACGUUGUGCGUAUGUACGCAGCCGAGGUUGGGGCUGAACUUGAACUCGAAGAUAUCGAUCUGAUGGCAGGUGCAAAUCGACAACCUGAAUUCCUGAAAAUCAACCCUGCGGGACAACUCCCCUGCCUGCAACUUGAUGACGGCACCCUGAUUGCAGAAAUCACUGCGAUCUGUGAAUACCUCGAUGAAGUGUCAGAUGGACCCUCUCUGAUGGGCGAAACCGCCGAGGAGCGCGCAGCAACACGCAUGUGGACUCGCCGAGUAGAUCUGAAUAUCUGUGAACCCCUGGCAAACGGCUUCCGCUACUCAGAAGGCAUGCCUAUUUUUCAGGAAAGAAUGAUCACCAUUCCCGCUGCAGCAGAUAGCCUGAAGCAGAUUGCCCGCGAAAAAACCGCCUGGCUGGACGGCUUGAUGACAGAUGGCCGCAGCUUUAUUGGCGGCGAAAAGGUUUCCCUGGCAGACGUGCUGCUGUACUGCAUGCUGACAUUCGGUAAUGCUGUGGGGCAGCCUUUUGACCAGAAUCUCAGCCAUAUCAAAGCCUGGUACGAUCGCAUGGCAGCAAGACCCAGCGCGGCAGCCUGA